AAUAACUUCUAGUGUAACGUUGCAUUAAAAACUCGUACCUUCCAGGUAAAGUGGUCCUCACGGCUACGAUAGACAUGUUCAACAACAUAGUGGCGAAAUUGCUACCAACGCCAAGCAAGAUGCAUUAUCUCUUCAAUCUCAGGGACAUAUCCAAGAUUUUUCAGGGCCUUCUACGCAGUAACAAAGAUUAUACAAACACGAAGCCGCGGUUCCUGCGGCUUUGGAUCCAUGAAUGCUUCAGAGUGUUCUGUGACCGACUCACUGAGGAAAAGGACCGCGACUGGUUCAUGAACCUUGUGAGCGACAUGUUGGGCAAGCACUUUGAGCUGACGUUCCACGCGCUGUGUCCGUCCAAGAGUCCGCCCAUCUUCGGACACUUCUUGAACCCCUUCGAGGUGUAUGAUGAUCUUAACGAUCCGGUCGCGCUAAGGAAAUACAUAGCGAACCAGAUGGAGGAGUACAACAGCUGCCCGGGCGUGGUGAAGAUGGAGCUGGUGUUGUUCCGCGAGGCCAUCGAGCACGUGUGCCGCAUCGUGCGCGUCGUCUCGCAGCCGCGCGGCAACCUGCUCUGCGUCGGCAUCGGUGGUUCCGGGCGGCAGAGUUUAACUCGUAUAGCUUCGUACAUAUCCGAGUGCAACACAUUCCAAGUGGUCGUCACAAAGACAUAUGGCGUGAAGGAUUUCCGUGAGGAUUUGAAGGUUCUGUACACGGCGUGCGGCGUGGAUUGUAAGAAGACGACGUUCAUAUUCUGCGACACGCAGAUCGUGGAGGAGACCUUCACCGAGAUCAUCAACAACCUGCUCAGCAGUGGGGAGGUCACUAAUCUGUACAAGCCCGAUGAAUUUGAAGAUAUAAAAUCGAGUCUAGAGAAACCAAUGAAAGCGGCGAACUUGAUGCAAACGGCGGAGUCGGUGUAUCUGUUCCUCGUGGACCGCGUCAGAGCCAACAUGCACAUUGUGCUGUGCUUCAGCCCCAUUGGGGAUGAGUUCAGGAACAGAAUCCGUCAGUACCCAGCGUUGAUCAACGCGACGACCACCAACUGGUUCCUGGAGUGGCCGCGGGAGGCGCUGCUCGAGGUGGCCUACAAGUUCCUGGACGGGGUCGAGCUGUUGGCUUCCAUCACUGGACCCAGGGUGAGACGCAAAGAAUCGCUGGUGGAAAGUCGCGAGGACACGCUGCGGGCGUCGGUGGCGUCCAUCAUGUCGCUCAUACACUCCUCCGUGGGCAAGUACUCCGUGAAGAUGUGGAACGAGAUGCGGCGCACCAACUACGUCACCCCCACCAACUACCUGGAGCUCGUGUCGGGGUACAAGGAAAUGUUGAAAAUGAAACGGCACGAGGUAGCGUUGCAAGCGAAUAAGUUGAGGAACGGCCUGGGGAAGGUGGAGGAGACCACCAAACUGGUGGGGCAGAUGUCUGAGGAGCUCGCGGUGGCGCAGGUACAAGUGGCGGAGUACACGGAGCAGUGCAUCGAGUACAUGGGCGUGAUCAACGUGCAGCAGCGCAACGCGGACGAGCAGCAGCGCAGCGUGGCGGCGCGCAGCAAGAAGACGCAGGAGGAGGAGGUGCAGUGCAAGAAGCUCGCCGACGCCGCGCUGCGCGACCUCGCCAGCGCCAUGCCCGCCCUCGACGAGGCCGUCAAGGCAUUAGACGCUCUGAACAAAAAGGACAUCACUGAAGUGAAGUCCUACGCGAAGCCCCCGCAGAAGGUCGAGAUGGUGCUGGAAGCAGUACUUAUCUUAUUACAGAAAGAGCCGACAUGGGCGGAGGCGAAACGUCAGCUCGGCGACCAGUACUUCCUGGACCGGCUCCGUGAGUUCGACAAGGACAACAUUUCGGACAAGACGCUGAAGAAGAUCGGCACGUACACCGCCAAGCCGGACUUCGACCCGGAGAUCGUGGGCACCGUCUCACUCGCCGCCAAGUCGCUGUGUUUGUGGGUCCGCGCCAUCGAGAAGUACGGCAAGGUCUACAAAAUAGUAAAGCCCAAAAAAGAACGUCUAGAAGAAGCCCUGGAAUCGCUCCGCAUGAAGCAGCAGAUCUUGGCGGAGGCACGCGCCAAGCUGAGGGAGUUAAGCGAAAUGAUAGCUCGUCUGCAGCGCGAGUACGACGAGAAGGUAGCGCAGAAGGACGAGCUCGAGCGCAAGUCCAAGCUGCUGCAGCUCAAGCUGGAGCGGGCGGAGGCGCUCAUCUCGGGUGAGAGGGAACGAUGGGAGCAGACGGUGGAGCGACUGGACAAGGAGUUCGACAACUUGCCCGGCGACUGCUCAUCGCGACUGGCUUUCGUCGCGUACCUCGGGCCCUUCGUUUCCGAGUACCGGGAGGCAUUGAUGGACGACUGGUUUAAUGAGGUGUACAACGAAGCCGUGCCUGUGACCAUGGACCUAAGCAUGAAGAAUUUCUUGCUGGACGACGCUACCCUCAGGGAUUGGAACUAUAUGGGGUUACCUGAUGAUAACUUCAGUGCUGAGAACGGCAUUAUCGUGGUGCGAGCCACUCGCUGGCCACUGGCUGUGGACCCUCAGGGUCAGGCGCUCAUCUGGAUCUCCAGGCUAGAGGAGCAAAACGACAUACAGCUUGUUGACUUCGGCCAACCUAACUACCUAAAAGUCAUGGAGACAUGCUUGACUGAAGGGAAGCCGAUCAUCGUCCAGAACGUGGGCGAGGUCCUGGAUCCGUCCAUAGCGCCUAUCCUGGACAAGGCUAUUGUGAAGAUAGGCAAUUCGAUGGUUAUCAAGUUCAACGAGAAGAUGGUCCCCUACAAUGAAGACUUUAAAAUGUAUUUGACUACUAAACUAGGUAAUCCUGUAUACACUCCGGAGACGUUAACCAAGACGACGAUGGUGAACUUUGCGGUGAAGGAGCAGGGCCUGACGUCACAGCUGCUCGGCAUCGUGGUCCGCAAGGAACGGCCCCAGCUCGAGCAGAUGAAGGACAACCUGGUCAUGACCAUCGCCAAUAACAAGAAAACGCUGAUGGACCUCGAGAACGACUUGCUGCGCAUAAUGUACGAGUCGCAGGUGCCUUUGUUAGAAAACGAGGAGUUGUUCGUGACCCUGCAGACCUCUCAGCGGACCUCGCUGGAGGUCAAGGAUGCUCUCAUCACCUCGCAGGAGACCGAGCGGGAGAUCGACACUGCUAGACAGGGCUACGUACCAGUAGCAGUGCGUGCAUCGGUCUUGUUCUUCGCACUGAAUGACCUGUCGCGCAUCGACCCGAUGUACCAGUUCUCCCUGGACGCGUACAUUGACCUGUUCACGUACUCCAUUGACCGCAGCCCCAAGGGGGGCGAGCUGGAGGACCGCAUCAAUAACCUCAACGAAUUUCACACUUAUGCUGUGUACAAGAACACGUGCCGAGCCCUGUUCGAGCGACACAAGUUGUUGCUGUCGUUCCACAUGGUGUCGCGCAUCCUGUUCCAGAUGGGCAAGAUGAACAUCAACGAGUACCUGUUCCUGCUCAAGGGAGGCGUCGUGCUCGACAGGUCUGAACAGCCGGACAACCCCACUAACUGGAUGCCGGACGAGUGUUGGGACAACGUGACGGAGCUGGACAAGCUGCCCGGCUUCCACGGCGUCAUCGACGCGUUCGAGGUGUUCAGCAAGGAGUGGCGCGAGUGGUACCUCAACCCCGAGCCUGAGCUGCAGCCGCUCAUUGGUGAUUGGAACGACAUCUGCAACGACUUCCAGCGCAUCCUGUUCGUUCGGUCGUUGCGCGUGGACCGCGUGUCCGCCUGCAUCACCACCUUCAUUAUCAACGUCCUCGGCCCGCGGUACGUGGAGCCGCCCGUGCUCGACAUCAAGGCUGCCUGGGAAGAGUCCUCUUGGAAGACGUCUCCUUUCGUGCUAUCGCCUGGGGUCGACCCCACUGCGUCUCUCAUUCAGCUGGCCGUCGACGUGAAGAUGUUUGACAAGUUCCAGUCGCUCAGUCUUGGGUAAGGACAAGAGCCUACGGCGGCUAGGAUGCUAGCCCACGGUAUGAAGGAAGGUGGUUGGGUGUUCCUGGCCAACUGCCACCUGGCGUGUGAGUGGCUCGGGUCGCUGCGAGCUGAUAAUCCUAAGAUCCAUCCGCGGUUCCGGCUCUGGCUUACCUCCAUGCCGGAUGAUAAAUUUCCUCUCAACAUACUGCAGAGGAGUAUCAAGAUGACCACGGAACCGCCGCAGGGUCUGAAAGGUAAUAUGGUGCGCAUAUUCGCGAACAUAAACGAGGACAAGUUCGACGAGGCGACGCCCAAGUAUCGCCGGCUGCUGUUCUGCGUGUCGUUCUUCCACUGCACGCUCAUCGCCAGGAAGCGAUUCCGACAGCUCGGCUACAACGCCGUGUAUAGCUUCAACGAUGCUGAUUUUGACGUAUCAGACAACCUCCUAGCGAACUAUCUGGAAGAGUACGAGGAG